AUGUCGAACAAUUCUUAUGCGCCGCAAGCGCCCUACCAUUCCGAUAUUCAGCAUGCUCAAUACGGGUCUUCGGGUUAUGACUAUUCGAGUCAAAACCAACACAACUACACAAAUGCUUCACGGCACCAAACCUACGGCACUGACGCUUGGAAGGCUCCAAACGCUCAGAACGCAUCUUACGAUGAUCGGAGGCAAACAGACGGCUAUGCGAAGGGAGGCGCAACUGGUGGUAGUGGACAAGAAUAUUACAACUCCACUUCGUCGACCUCUGCCGAGCAGGAUGCACAAGGACUGAACAAUCUGGUGUAUGCGUCUGGUGUGGAGGGUUCUGCGGUCCAACGGCACACUCACCGUGUGCAUCCAACAAGUGUAUCCUCCGCGACCAGAUACCCUCCAACAUCAGGACCUAGCGCUCCUAACCAAGUGCGAUCCCCGGUCACGCAGAGCGCCUCUCAUUAUAAUGAAAAUCAAUCCAUACACUAUCCUUACCAAACUGAACCAUCCUCCAUAACUUCUCAACAACCUGCCAUGUCUUCUGCCACUGCACGGGUCGGUGUGGUCAAUCACCGGUUCCCGCACUCGUCGGUUUCGCCUGUCAUGGAUGGCCUCAACGCGACACAAGCAGCUCCUACUCAAAGAACUGCCUCACCUUACCCUCGCCCUCAGUUGACUCAGAAUCAGGGUCAGCUGGGUGCGUUUUCGGGCACUACCCAAGCCAGCUACGGAACCACCAACAACUCCUCCGGCACGAUGGGCCAGCAGUGGUCUCAAAGUGGGAAUACCGGCCAGCACAUACGUACUUCGAGUCAGAAUGUUCAAACAAGAACCAGUGAGGUUCAAAACAAGACACCGGCGCCAGUGAACAGCAUCUCAAAUCUGGUAAGUAACACUAUGGAAGAAGCGUCGCAGGCGGUAUAUUCUCCGACAGUGGAAUCUCAAAACACGGUGCUGGACUACAUCGACCCAUCCAAAGUUUUUAACCCCUGCCAUCUUGAGCAUGAAAGAAGACGAAGAGAGGCAGAGGCACUAGCGAAAAAGAAGGCGGAGGAAGAGGCCGCCGCCGCCCCCGCCGCCGCGAAAAGCAGAGAGGAAGAGGCUGCUCGAAAGAAGAGAGAAGACGAGGAAGCUGCUCGAAAGAAGAGAGAAGACGAGGAAGCUGCUCGAAAGAAGAGAAAAUAUGAAGAGACUGCUGGGAAGAAAAUUCAGGAAGCAGCUAAGGCCCUGACGAAGAGACAGGGUGCAAAGCCAACUAUUGCAACAAAUCCUAGAACUUCGGACCAAGCCAGUAGAAAGGUUUCCCCGACGACGACUAAAGAGGCGCACAGACCUUUCCAACAGACAGAACAGCCUUCACAAGAUGGCGCAACAAGCGAGGCAAGCAUGGCAGCUGAACUGAAGGCCUUGAUGGACAAGAUGAAAGAGUUCAGAAGUAAGGAUCCGAUGCUCUUUCAGAAAUUAUGGGAAGAUAUGCGAAAGCCAGGUCAAAGUUCGACUGUUCCGGCAAAUGCUGCACAUUCGCCCUCUCCUCAAAUAUCCCAACAGAGUAUCCCGGCUCCUCAACAUCAAGUUGUUGCAGAUCCUCGUCCCCGUCAUAUACCAACAGCAGUCCAGACAUCCUCGCCGUCGCCUCAAGUGGCUCAUGCGCAAGCAGUACCUCAUACUCAACUUCGACCCGGGAUCGUUGAACCUCCACGAUCUAGGACGGUGCGUGGGGGCACGCCUGACGGGUCUGCUGCAAAACGCAACGGUUACAGGGUCGUGGUAGAAGACAACCCCGAGGGCUUGCCCGAUCUAGGCCGUUUCCCUGCAGAACGGCGAGUUCGAACUACAUAUAAUAAGAAGUCCACUGCCACGAAGAAGUCUCUGCCAGACGCAGCAGCCUCCCUUUCCGCUUCGACCAAGAGCAACACAGAGGUCCCUCCUCCAACUCCUACACUACCUCAAAUCGCGGCGCCACCGGCCUCUGUAGCCCUGAAAUUCUCGAACAUAACGUCCCCCCCUCUUUCACAGGGACUUCCCCCAAAGGUGCUAUCUGGCGGCACAAUAUGGCCUGAAGAAAAGCGCAAUGCACUUGCGGAAGCCGCUGUCAAAUCCCUAACAUCGCUUCCUGAAAAUAGCGAGAUCGAGAUUGGUCCUGCAGACAUUCACUCAAUGUUAGACAAGAACCCCAGCUAUAUUGACCUGUGCGAGAUGCUGGAAGGGAAAGGUCUCAAGUUUCACAGAGGUCACUUUGCACGACAACUCUUGAGCAAUGUUCCAUACUUGAAUAGUCCACAAACAAGGGCGAAGGAGGCUAUCCAACCUCAACCUCAGCCUGAAACUCAACUCCCGAGUCAGAUCCCUUCAGGCCCUCCACACAUACCCAUGGCCCAUUCACCUAUUCCACCUCCUCCCUUCAUCAAUGGCCAACAAUUCAUUCCAGGACAACCUCAUAUACCGGCGCAGAACACAUCCGAGGCUUCUCUUCCUACCUCAACCCUACCUCAGCAGCGACAGCAGACUAUCAAGACAGAGAACAUUACGUCUACUUCUCAAAACCGCAGAACUGGCAAGACCAAUCCGGUUGGACCAUCUCGAGUCGAACCGCCACCAGGUUCAAAGGAAGCAAUGGCACGGAAACGAGAUUUUUCGGAACUGGUAGACUUGACAGCGUUGAGCGACAACGAAAACUACGUGAUGUCAAGAAAGCAGGCACGGGUCGAAAGUCCUCCCGAGCGGGAUCCGUUCGAACAAUACCAAGCACAAAUGAUUUCGGCUGCACAAAGUCUUUCACCAGGACAAGAGGCAAGAGCUCCUAGAUACCCUCCGUUCCAAAGUGGCAUACCUCUCAAGUUCAACCCAACACAGACAUCGAUUCCUCCGGGGCCACAACCCCUUUCCAAGCCGAGCCUCUCUACACCUGUACCGGAACAUCCUGUGUCAACGAGAAUCCUUGCCAAACCCAUCAACAAAAGCGAGGCCCUUCGCAAGACCUAUUAUAAUCCUAAGACAGUGGCUCGCGACAUUCUCGUUUCGGCGGGCAGACACCCAUUCGAGCGGCCAUUGAACGCUCACCUGGCAGGCCUUCUCGGCAAGCACAUCGACCUGUAUUGUGAUCUCAGUACAUUUGACUGGGAUGCAGUCGACCCAGGGGGCCCCCGGCCUCCGCAAGUGGCCCUUGUGGAUGUCCCUACCGAACCUCCUCGAUACAAAUUUGGCGAACAGGCCAAACGUCGCAUACGGCCUGAUAAGGAUAAGGACUCGCCCUUGCCUGAUUCGGAAAAGCGCAGUUUGCCUGCGCCCGUGCCCGAUGUAUCUGAACAACGCGAGAAGAAGGCCAAACCAUUACAAGCUUCUACCGGGCCCAGCAACAACCUCAGAACGUCUGAUGACGGCGGAGAAAAUGCAAAGGCUAUUGUUCCUACACCACGAGCGCGUUCAACCCGAUCCUCUUCGACUCCUCUGAACCCCCGCGCUGAGCCCAGGAAGAUGAGCAGCGGCUCCAAUUUUCCCAGUGGUAAAAGGCGCGGCCGUCCUCCCGGUGCCCGAAACCUUCAUCAUCGCGAGAGUGUUGGAGCAAUUAAACCAGGAUCAAUCCGAGAAAUAUCGGUCACCAUUCCGUCACCAGCGUCGCCAAGCCUACCUGUAUUCAAAUGUCACUGGAAAGGUUGCAAGGCACAUCUCCACAACCUCGAGACCUUGCGCCAGCAUAUUUCCAAAGUCCAUUGCCCUACUGCAGAUGAGGUGAAGGAGGCAGACUACAUAUGCUGGUGGAGAAAUUGUCGCCACUUGGUAAAAGAGAAUGGCCUCGUGAAUCCCCAGAUAUCAUUCCCCACCUUCAAAGAGUGGCUUGAUCACAUCGACGAGGAUCACCUACAUGCGGUUGCACUAAAAUACGGAGAUGGCCCGUCAACCAAGCACAUUGGUAAGCAAGAGUCGACAUCAUUUGAUGUCUCCAGAUUUCUUUACAACCCUCAAUCAAGACAAGCAACUAGAACAGUUUCUUACACAGAUCCCCAGACCAUCCUCCUUGAUAGAACCCGAUACCUCUCCGAUGAGUACGGACGAACCACAACACCAGCCGUUUCCGAAAAGUCCCAGAAGGACUUGGAACCAGACACGAUGGCCCUGCUGAAAGCAGAACAUGACGACGCGGAGAGGACGGCUCAGCGUAGCUUCAUGAGAACACACCGCCCGGAGAAGAGUAGCUCGAAGGCAGUUGCAGAAGAAACUCUGCGCGCCAUGGAAGCAAGAAAGGCUGCACUCGGACCUGGUAUUGACAAGGGCGGUUGUGUGUUGGUGAAUGAGGCAAGGAGAUCAACAUUGAUACAAAACCAGGGUAUUAGGAGGGUUGUCGACGCCGACUACUGA